AUGUCUUUCCUAGGAGGCGCAGAGUGCUCAACCGCCGGCAACCCUCUCACACAAUUCAAGAAUCAUGUCCAAAAUGACAACUCGCUCCAGCGGGAUCGCCUUGUUGGCCGCGGUCCUGGUGGGCUGGAAGAGAGCAUGCGGUCCCGCAUGGCUCCAAAUGGAUCAGACCAGAUGAUGAACGACUUUAUGCACCAGAGCGGUCAAUUGCCACAGCAUUUCGCAAUGGACCAACUCCGACAAGACCUCCCCAACGUCCAGGGAAUAACUCGUCGAUCACCGUCUCCCGGCUGGGUGGCCGAUUUUGAUCCCGGCGAACAAGCACGCAUGGAGACCGCGUUCGCCAAUUCUAAGAUAGCAGCGCAACGACCGGCCGGGUUUUCCCCACGAGAGUUUGGCCACUUCCAACAAGCCAACCCCCAACAGACCGCCAGUCCCAUCACACACACUCCUCCGAUGGUCAACGCAUACCAGAGACCUAUGGGAAUGGGUUACAUGGGCCCAGUGAGCAUGGGGAUGAAUUAUACUCCACUUCAUAUGCAACAACAACCCGAACAGACCGCAGACAAGGGCAAAGGUAGAAUGGUUGAGCUUGACGACGCGAAUUGGGAGGCUCAAUUCAAAGAACUUGAAAUACAACAAGACAGUCUGUCUGACCAAGCCAAUGAAGCGAUGGAGAGAGAACUGGAUCAAAUUGACAGGUCAGUCGAAGCCCAGGAGUUCGAACGUGUGUGGACCCGGGUCCAGGCUGAACAUAUAUCCAGGCAAAUGGCCGAAGACACCUCCGAGUAUGAAAAUGCAUUCUCUACCGAAGAUUAUGCCGCAUGGGACAACUUCGACUCUACUAUGGGUAUGGGUACGCAUAAUCCUUUCGAACGAGAACCGAUGCUCGGAGACUACAUGUUCGAGUCACACAAUCCGUUUCUAGAGAACAGUCAUGCGUCUAAAUCAGCUUUUGAACAAGGAAAGGAGAUUCUUGAAACUCACGGUAACCUUUCUCUUGCAUCUCUGGCGUUUGAGGCGGCCGUUCAGCAAGACCCUAACCAUGUGGAGGCCUGGGUCCUUCUUGGUUCGGCCCAAGCACAAAAUGAAAAGGAAGCGCCAGCUAUCCGUGCUCUAGAGAGAGCGUUACAAUUGGACCCUAACAAUCUAGACGCUCUCAUGGGUUUGGCAGUUUCUUACACCAACGAGGGAUACGACAGCACUGCCUAUCGAACCUUGGAGCGAUGGCUGAGCGUCAAAUAUCCUCAGAUACAUCCUCCAGAGGACCUGUCGGAUCCUGCCCAAAUUGGGUUUACAGACCGUGCAAUCCUGCAUGAGCGUGUGGUCGAUCUGUUCAUUAGAGCGGCGCAAUUGUCGCCAUCUGGCGAACAUAUGGACCCUGACGUCCAGGUGGGUCUUGGAGUUCUCUUCUAUGGGAACGAAGAAUUCGAAAAAGCCGUGGACUGUUUCAAAGCUGCUCUCGCAUCAGCAGAGACCGGGUCGGUCAACAGCGAAGGACAACUGCAUCUCUUGUGGAACAGGCUAGGGGCAACAUUGGCGAAUUCGGGCAGGUCGGAAGACGCCAUCACGGCCUAUUGUAAGGCUCUUGAAGUUAACCCUAACUUUGUUCGAGCCCGUUAUAAUCUGGGAGUCUCGUGUAUCAACAUUGGUUGCUAUCCCGAGGCAGCUGGACAUUUGCUUGGGGCAUUGAAUCUCCACCGCAUUGUGGGCGAACAAGGUUUGGAUCAAGCGCGUGAAAUUGUGGGAGAUGGCGAUGUCCCUGAUGCCGAGUUGGAAAGAAUGAUGCACCAAAAUGAGAGCACGAACCUUUACGAUACCCUGCGGAGAGCAUUUACUGGGAUGGGCAGGAGGGACCUGACUGAGCGGGUGGGUACUGGCAUGGGCCUGGACCAAUUCAGAGCCGAAUUUGAGUUCUGA